GACGUCCCUCAAAGAUUGGAACCUGAACAAUAUCAAUACGAAUUCCCACCAAAGUCUCAUUUACAAGCUUUAUCUGUUCAACUUGAUCAAUCAUUGGAAGAUAGUUUAUCUUUCUUUGAUGCCUCCUCAUUCACCACCAUGUCUUCCACUUGUUCUUCUCGUGUUUCUUCCGUUUUGACCGAUGAAUUUAACGCUCAAGAAGAUCAAGAAUUCAAUUCCUUUUUGGCCACUUUGGAACAAGAACAACAAGCCAAUGGAUUUUCUCUUUCUCCUCCUCCUGUACAAACGAACUUGGUAUUAGAUCGUCAAUUAUCUCCUUUACAACUUCCUCAACAAGUACAAGACAUGACUACUCGUUUACGUGAAGAAUCUUAUGAUUCUAUUUCUACUAUCACUCAACCUAUUGUUGCUCCUUCUUCCUUUUUAACUCGUUCUGUUCCUCAAGAACAAAUUGAAUGGCAUGAUACUUUUGAUGACAUGGAUUACCAUUAUGAUAGUAUUCAUCCUCAUCAUCGAUUAUCUGAUGUGGAUCAAGAUAUUCCUGUGAUUCGACGACCUUCUGAAAAUGUACUAUCUGACAGUAGCAGUGUGAUGGAUGAUGACAGUAGUCAAUUCUCUCAUGAUUCCAAGGUGAUUUUUAUCAAAUUGAACAAGAAAAACAAAGUGGCGUCUCCCUAUAUUCCCAAACGAUCUACCACUUCUCAGAGUGAUGAAGGAUAUGAUGAUAAUUCUUAUAUCAUAGAAGAAGAUGAAAAAGAAAUGCAAUCAGAUUCUGUGUUUCUUCCUCUUGGACGUCAAGAAGAGGAUGAAGACUCUUUACAACGUCAAAUUGAUCAAUUACAAGCCCAAGUCCGUGAAGAAAAAGCCAUGCGAUUGGCAUUUGAAAAGGCAAUGGAAGAAAUGGUGCUUCUCAUGGAUCAACAACAAAAGAUGCUUUAUGAUCGUGUGGAACAAGAAGUCAGUAUGCGUCAAGUAUAUGAAAAGAAAAUGGAGGAAGCCUUGGCCAUGGUGGCUCCUUUGGAAUCAAAACUCAAGAAGGAAACUGAUGCUCGAUGUGAACUGGAAUCAAUGAUGUCUCAUGUUCUUGGUGAAUUACAAGAACUUAAACUUGCUCAUAAAUCAUCUUCU